UUGAGAGAAGAAAUAAUGCGGAAUAUUUCCCCCAUGUAGGUGUUAACGCAGAACAUACAAGAUGAAGAAGCAAUUCAAUCGGAUGCGACAGCUCGCCAACCAAACGGUGGGAAGGGCAGAGAAAACAGAGGUGUUAAGUGAGGACCUUCUACAGGUGGAGAAGCGUCUGGAUCUGGUCAAGCAGGUGACACACAGCACUCACAAGAAGCUGACUGCCUGCCUGCAGGGUCAGCAGGGGACUGAUAUAGAGAAGAGAUCUGUCAAGUCACCUUCUAAAAAACUACCGCUCACAAUCCUGGCACAAUGUAUGGUGGAAGGGGCGGCAGUGUUGGGGGAUGACUCUCUCCUCGGGAAGAUGCUGCAGCUGUGUGGGGAGACAGAAGAGAAGUUAGCCCAGGAGCUCAUCCAAUUUGAGUUCCAGAUAGAGAGAGAUGUGGUGGAGCCUCUCUAUGUGCUCGCGGAGGUGGACAUUCCCAACAUCCAAAAACAGAGGAAGCACUUAGCCAAACUUGUGUUGGACAUGGACUCCGCUAGAACAAGAUAUCAGCAGUCGUCCAAGUCAUCCAGUCACCCGAGCACGCUGCAGCCCGGCGCCAAGUCCGAGUCCCUCAGAGAGGAGAUGGAGGAGGCAGCCAAUCGGAUGGAGAUCUGUCGGGAUCAAUUGUCAGCAGAUAUGUACAGUUUUGUGGCCAAAGAAAUAGACUAUGCAAAUUACUUUCAGACACUGAUAGAAACACAGGCAGAAUAUCACAGGAAGUCAUUAGAGAUUCUUCAAAAUAUCCUGCCCCAGAUUAAAGCGCACCAAGAGGCGUGGGUGGAGAAGCCGUCGUUUGGCAAGUCUCUGGAGGAACACCUCAAUAUUAGUGGGAGAGAGAUCGCCUUCCCCAUCGAAGCUUGUGUCACAAUGCUGUUAGAGUGUGGCAUGCAAGAGGAGGGACUCUUCAGAGUGGCUCCGUCAGCUUCCAAGCUGAAGAAGCUGAAAGCGUCCCUGGACUGUGGCGUUUUGGAUGUGCAGGAGUACUCCGCCGACCCACACGCCAUCGCAGGGGCUCUAAAAUCAUACCUCCGUGAGCUCCCCGAGCCACUGAUGACCACUGAACUUUAUGAUGAAUGGAUUCAGGCCUCAAAUGUUCAAGAUAUGGACAAGAGACUACAAGCAUUAUUGGCAGUGUGUGAAAAACUGCCCACAGACAACUUGAACAAUUUCAGAUAUCUAACCAAAUUCUUAGCCAAGCUAAGCGACUACCAGGACGCAAACAAGAUGACACCUGGAAACAUGGCGAUUGUUCUCGGCCCUAACUUGCUCUGGACACACACCGAACCGAACAUGACAGAGAUGAUGACCACCCUGUCCCUGCAGAUUGUUGGCAUCAUUGAGCCCAUUAUCCAGCAUGCUGACUGGUUCUUCCCUGGAGAGAUUGAAUUCAACUUGACAGGCAGCUACGGCAGCCCGAUCCACACCAACCACAACUCCAACUACAGCUCCAUGCCCUCCCCAGACAUGGACCAAUCUGAUCGCAAGCAGCAGCACGAGCAGAGCCGACGCCCACUGAGCGUCGCCACUGACAACAUGAUGCUGGAGUUUUACAAGAAGGAUGGCAUUAGGAAGAUACAAAGUAUGGGCGUCCGGGUUAUGGAUACCUCCUGGGUGUCUCGUAAGGGGUCAACCACGCUGUCGCGCAAGACCUCCUCCACGCCUCCGGGCUUGCAAGGCCCCGGCUCUCCGGCAGACACUCUGAUCCCGGAGCAACCCGGAGAAUUCGCCACUUCCCCGUCCACGACACCGCCACCUGGAGAACGGGUGUGUUCAUUGAAGAGCAAAGAGCUCUCCCCUAUAACUGGACACAGAGGCAUCCAGGUUGCAGGUCCAACUGUCCCCCCCAGCUGUAGUCCUCAGAGCAGUAGCCACUCCCUCCACUCCACAGAGCACAGUCCACACAGCCUGCGCAAAGGUUCCAAGAAGUUGGCCCCUGUGCCUCCGAAGGUCCCUUACAGCCAGUCUUGCGGGAUGUCCGACCAGUCCACAGGUCAGCCGUCACCGGUCAGCCUGUCGCCCACACCUCCUAGCACUCCCUCCCCUUAUGGACUGGUCUGCCCUCCAGGGCAAGUGCCCCCAUCCUCCCCUGGGCAGACCCCAUUGGGGGCGCCCCACUCCCUUUCGUCCCCACCCUCCCUGACCGGAACGCUCACCAAGUCGCGGCCCGCCCCUAAGCCCAGGCAGAGACCCAGUCUGCCCCCUCCUCAGCCGCCCACAGCCCCCCUGGGGUUCACUGGCCCCGCCAUGGCCCCAGUUCCCCAGCCCCUGGAGCAGGGCCUCCUGGAUGGACUGUCUCCUGGGGAGAGCAUGUCUACAGAUAUCUUCAAUUAUGAAAUCCCCUCCAUCAAUGUCAAUCUGGACAGCCUCAUCGAUGAGUUCAGCGGUGCCCCUUGCAGGAGGUCCGUGGCAGUGACAGAUUCUCCAGAGGGGGACGCUGUGCCUGAGGAGGAGCCACAGAGCACCACUCUAUGA